CCGAAUGAGUAAGAAUGAGUAGUCACUACGCAGGUGCCGAUUGAGAGUAUACGUAACCCUUCCUUCUCCCCCUUUUCUUCGGCAUUAUAACAUUGCAUCCCGAUAACGAAGGUAGCCCUGAAGCCAUGGCAGAGUGUGAUCCGGCCUGCUGUGACGGAAACUUUGGAAAGCAGUCUGCAUGUGAAGAGAAAACUACUAGAGUUUUAGAAGGUUGCAUACCCCUUCCUCUACCUGAUGAAAUUAUCAGUGAAAUUGUACCGAAAGCAAAAGACUAUGCCCUUUUACAUGGUGCAGGAAUGCGCUUCAAGGACACCUACAACCCCGACAUAUUGCAGAUGGCUCCCUUUUUCCUCCUCCCAUCAGCAUUUCCACGCAGAGAGUUUGACCGUGUCGUAAAGCUACAGCCACUCAUAAAUAUACUGAUGCACAGGAUAGCGCACGAUCAUGAAUUCUUAGAAUCUGCGCUCAAAAAUACAAUCCGAGUUGACGAUUUUACUGCAAAGCUAUGGGAGAUUUAUUUGACUGUUCGUGAAGAAGGAGUGAGUCAGUUCCUGGAGAAGGUGAAAGACACUCCGGCAAGGGAAGCAUAUAUCCUCAUGGACAAGAUCAGACCUCCCAUGCAGCACAACUACCUUGUUCGUGGUGGAACUGAAGUGAAAUUGUCUGAGGUUGUUUCUGAAUUGGGCAUCUUUGGAGUUUUGAUUGGGAAUGAGAAGGAGAUCAUGAUUAACAAGUUUGCAGGCCACAUGCUUCGAACUAAGUUAUCAUCUGCAAACGAAGGAGGAGUUGCAGCUGGAUUUGGUGCUCUAGAUUCAGUCUUUCUGUUUGACUAAAUAGAAAAGGAUAUAAAACCUUAACGACAUAGUGAGUGUGGUUGUCUAAAUGGGGGUCUUAUGUAUAUUUUUUUGUCAAACAGAUUUAUGGUCAGACCCAAAGUGAAAGCAAUGGAUUUUAUGUUGAGAUUACAAUUUUACUAGAAAUAUAAAAUGCUAAAUGAAAUAUUUAUUCUAAUUUGAAUUCAAAUUUGCACUUGUACAUUUUGAAUAUCUAAAACUUGAAAUCAAUACAGUGUAUAGGACUUUAAUGAAAUAUUGAUAUUUUUUUAUAUGUGUAGGGUAAAUAGAAAACUGUUAGUAUGAUUUAGAGUGUACACACUUUCAGUAGCUUUAUUGAAUAGCAAUAACAGCAUAAUUACUAAUGUGAACUCGUGUGUGUGUACUAUGUUGAGUAACAGAGGGCUUUAUUACGAAGACUGGUACUGUGCAUUUCAAAGUAGAGUGUUUGUUCUUUGGAAAGACAGGAUGCAGCAUAUAGUUGAAUAAUAUAUGAGAGAAUAGUAAGAACUUCAGAGAACACCGAAUUGAAAAAAUAUCAUUAUUUGACCCGAAGGCUGUAAGUAAUCUAACUGGAGAGUAUAGUAUAGUUGAUUUCAUUGUGAA